AUGCCUUUGUUUUGGAAAGCGUUAGCAUUGUUGGCUGCAGUAGCUCUAGUUAAGACCUUCAUAGCCAAAUUAUCAAAACCGUCAUUGAUUACGGUUUUGUUAACUUUGGCUCAAGCUAGACCUUUCAGGCUUUUAUUGUUGGUAGCUACUAUCAGAGCAUUUGGUGCCGGAAAAAAAUUAAUGAAAAGGAUAUUGCAUCUCGUGCUAGUUAAGCUUUCCACUACUACUAUUAUUAUAUAUAAUCUUUCCAAAGGAUAG